CUAAAAGAUUAUACAGCUAUUCCUUUAUAAGGUUAAAAAAAUCUGAAACAUUUAGAAAAAAAUAUGCAGACAAAGAAAUGUGAUGAAAAAGACAGGACUAAACCUGAGUUACACACUUUUAGAUAAAAACUGGUAAAAAAAAAAAAAAAAAAAAGAAAAGAAAGAAACAGAAAUUAAAAGCUUACAUAUUUCCAUUGAGAUGUUUAGUUCUUUGGGUCAUUUUUAAAUCUAGACUCAGUGAAGCCUUUUUUUAACUUGAGAUUAAUCGUUUGUCCUUUUGCUUAGAUCUAAUGACACCAAGAGAGUUUCACCAUGAGAAACCACACACUGGUGACUACAUUUAUUCUUCUAGGACUGACAGAUGACCCAAAAUGGAAAAUUGUACUGUUUGCUUUUCUAUUGCUAACUUAUUUGUUGAGCAUCACUGGAAAUCUGAUCAUUAUCCUACUCACCCUGCUCGAUGCCAGACUCAACACACCCAUGUAUUUCUUCCUUCGGAAUUUUUCCAUCUUAGAAAUAUCAAUGACCUCUGUUUGCAUCCCUAAAUUCCUGGCCAGCAUAAUAACUAUGGACAAAACAAUUUCUUAUAAUGCAUGUGUGACACAGUUAUUCUUUGCUAUUUUCUUGGGUGGCUCAGAGUUUUUCCUACUGGCAGCCAUGUCCUAUGACCGCUAUGUGGCCAUCUGCAAACCCCUCCACUAUGCAACUAUCAUGAGCAACAGAGUCUGCACACAGCUGGUUAUAACAUGUUGGCUGACUGGAUUGUUAAUAAUCUCUCCUGGACUGCUCAUGGGUCUGGAGCUGGAAUUCUGUGAUGCCAAUACUAUUGACCACUUCUGUUGUGACUAUUCUCCUGUCCUGAAACUCUCCUGCACAGACACAAGGGUCAUAGAAUUGUUAAGUUUUGUGUUGGCCAUUUUCACACUCCUGAUUACCUUGGCACUGGUGAUGUUCUCCUAUGCAAACAUCAUUAGAACGAUUGUGAAGAUUCCUUCUGCACAACAGCAGAGGAAGGCUUUUUCCACCUGUUCCUCCCACAUGAUUGUUGUCUCCAUCUCGUAUGGCAGCUGCAUCUUUAUGUACAUUAAACCCUCUGCAGAGGAAAGGGUGGCUCUCAACAAGGGGGUAGCUAUACUCAUUACUUCAGUGGCACCUAUGUUAAAUCCUUUCAUAUACACUCUGAGAAACAAGCAAGUGAAACAAGCCCUGAAGAAUAUAGUUAAAAAAUAUGAAUUUAGCAUUUAA